ACACCACUCCCCGCAGCCCGGGCUCGCCGGGGGCCCGUCGGGGCGCAGGGUUUGGGGGGCGGGAGGGUCGGCGGGGCUGGGCAAGGGCCGAGGGAGCGGGCAGAAAGGAGGGAUCGCGGGAGGGACGAGAGAAGAGAUGCGGGCGGAGGGGUGAGUGCGAAGGGCGGACGGAGAGAAGCCGGCGGGCUGUCGAGCUGUGUCCCAGCCGGGGCCCGGGAGCGCGGGGAGAGCCCGUCGGGCCGCGGUGCACCUGCAGCACAGCCUGGUCUCAGGGUGCGCAGGGGGACGCAGCCUCGGGGACCUCGGCACCUCUGCAGCAAAAGGGUCGUGGUUUGGUGUAAGCACGGCCCCGGCGCUAGAGAGGAGGUGUUCGCGCCCGAGGGCACCUGGCCCGGCCCGUGGGGAGCGGUGCCGGAGGGGAGACCCCCGCGAGGGAGGACGAAGGCAGCAGCCCACGGUGUCCGCCCCCGCCUCGCCUGAAAGUCGCCGCCGCCGCCGAGCAAGCAGGAAAGGGAGUGCUGGAGGAGCGCCGCGGCGGCCGCAGCGCGCCCGCCCGCCCCAGCUGCCGCCCGCAGAAGAUGCACUUCAGCACCGUCACCAGGGACAUGGAAGCUAUCUCCAGCCCCUGGCUCACCCAGCUGUCCCAUUUUUGCGAUGUUGCAGCUUUCACGGCCAACAGCCUGAGCAGCCUGAACGCCUCCGGGGGGUACCACCUCUCCCCCUCCCCGGGGGACCCGUACGGACAGCAUGAGCCGCCGCACUACGAGCCCUGCACGGCUCAGCAGCACCCGCACCCGCCGCCCCAGCCCCAGCACGGCUACCCCUUCGGCGGGGCGGCGGCCGGGGCCAACCCGCCGCCUCCAGGCCCCGAGCCGCCCGAGGGCUCCGGGGGAGCAGCCGCCGGGCCGGCCGUCGUCUCGGGCUGCUCCGCGGGGGCGGCCGCCGCGGCCAAGGCGCCGGUGAAGAAGAACCCGAAGGUGGCCAACGUGAGCGUCCAGCUGGAGAUGAAGGCGCUGUGGGACGAGUUCAACCAGCUGGGCACCGAGAUGAUCGUCACCAAGGCCGGCAGGCGCAUGUUCCCCACCUUCCAGGUGAAGAUAUUUGGGAUGGACCCUAUGGCUGACUACAUGCUCCUCAUGGAUUUCGUCCCCGUGGACGACAAGCGAUACCGGUACGCCUUCCACAGCUCCUCCUGGCUGGUGGCCGGCAAAGCCGAUCCCGCCACCCCCGGGAGGGUGCAUUACCACCCAGACUCCCCGGCGAAAGGGGCGCAGUGGAUGAAGCAGAUCGUUUCCUUCGAUAAGCUCAAACUGACCAACAAUUUGCUGGAUGACAACGGGCAUAUCAUUUUGAACUCCAUGCACAGAUACCAACCGCGUUUUCACGUGGUCUACGUGGACCCCCGGAAAGACAGCGAGAAAUACGCGGAGGAGAACUUCAAAACCUUCGUCUUCGAGGAGACGCGCUUCACGGCCGUGACCGCCUACCAGAACCACCGGAUCACGCAGCUGAAGAUCGCCAGCAACCCUUUUGCCAAGGGAUUCAGAGACUGUGACCCUGAGGACUGGCCCAGGAAUCACAGACCAGGGGCCCUUCCUCUCAUGAGCGCUUUUGCCAGAUCCCGGAAUCCAGUCUCUUCCCCGGCCCACCAGAACGGGACAGAGAAAGAUGCUGCCGAGAGCCGGCGGGAGUACGAGCGGGAGGCGGCCGGCGGGACGCCGCUGCACGCCGAGGCCGCGCACCAGCAGCUCAUGUCCCGCGUGCUCAGCCCCGCGCUGCCGGGCGGCGGCGGCGGCUUGGUGCCGUUGGGCGGCGCGGGCGGCGGCCGGCCCAGCCCGCCCCACCACGAACUGCGCCUGGAGCCCACCGCCUCGGAGCCCCUCCACCACCACCCCUACAAGUAUCCGCCGGCGGCGGCCGCCGCCUACGACCACUACCUGGGGGCGAAGAGCCGGCCCGCCCCGUACCCCCUCCCCAGCAUCCGCGGGCACAGCUACCACCACCACCACCAUCACCACCACAUGAACGCGGCUGCGGCGGCGGCGGCGGCCGCCAACAUGUACUCGUCGGCCGGCGCGCCCGCCAACUACGACUACGGGCCCAGAUAACGGCGCCGCCCGGGCCCCGCGGAGCCGCCGACGGCGCGAGAGACUAGCGGCGGCCGCGCGUGCCGCGACCGUUACCGUCCUCCCCCCCCUUCCCGCCUUUCCCUUUCUUCCCGCCUUACGAAUGAGCUGAUAGGCCAGCUUGACCUGAUCGACAAUCGGAGAGCCCAAUCGCAGGAAGCCGCCCCCCCCCCAUCCCACUCCCCACCCGUCGGCGGGCCGUGAGGGCGGGCGGUGGCGUGUGGUGAGGGUUCGGGGGGUGCUCCCCAUCGCGGUGUGACCCGCAGCUGCACUUUGAUAAAUGAAGCCAUAUGUCGUUAUCUCCCUUCUCCCUACCCCCGCGCCUCCGUUCUUGCGGAUGCCCCACGAAUGCGCCGGGCACUGAGGACAGUCGGGCCGCUGGUAAGCGGUGGGAGGACGGGGAAGCGGCAGCGGUGAGGUGACUUGCCCCCUUCUCACUCGCCCGCCGGGUCUUGUGAUGGAGAUUUGGUAUUACCACCAGUUUUGGCGGUGCUACGGGUGUUUCCCAGCCCAGCGGGAUGUGCAACGUUUGCACCGAGCAGGGAGGGCUGCGGGGCUGGCCGUGAGCACCGCCGGACACUAGCCCGCGGCAGCGGCGGGCUCCGGGGAUGGAGUGUAAUUCUGCACAUGUCGAUAUAAGUCUCUCUCUUACCUCGGGGACACUUGGCCUCGUUCACAGUUGGCCGAGGUGGUUCUUCGAGGAGACUGUCAGAGGAAGCAGAGUUUAGCUUACGGGAACACUUUGAAUCUUCACUGUCAGAACUAACUGUCAGCUUCUCCCCCGUCCUGACUUGCUCGUGAGCUUUGGGGUUCAUUGGGUCAAUUUAACCACAACAGCGUUUUCUGGAGCUGUUGAGAAAAGCCCAUGGCCAAAAGCACAGCCAUGUACAGCUUCUCGUUUUCACAACAAUGGAUGCUAAGUUUUAAAAACCAGCCUCGGAGUGGAGGGAAUACCCGCAGAGUUCAGGCUGUCUAUUCUCAGCAAUAGUUUGUAGAGUGGCUGCUUCCCAGGCAGCCUCACAGUACUGCCUUCCUACAUCCUUUCCCGAGCUCUUGAUGCUCUUACGUUGAGAGGUGCCUUUUAGAGGAACUUAAGUUUUUUCCCCAGAAUGCCUCACCCCUCAUAUUUGGCUGACCCAAACUACAGUAGUCCCAAAGCACCUAUUCUGCACCUACCUGCUUGCUGCAUCUUCUCUCUUAGAGCUGGUAAGUACUUUAUUCUUUUUUCCGUCCUUCAGUAGUCUUUCCUUAUUGUUGAAAAGAUGGGCCUGUUGUCACAGUUUCUCCAGUGAUGUGUAUUGAAUAGCUGGCUUGUGUUUUUUGCCAGAUGCUCACUGAAUAGCAGUCCCUUUGUGUUCAGAGAAGGUAUUGAACAGCUCCUCAGCUGUGUUGGUAUACAGUAUUAUAAACACUUUUCUGAUUCUUCCACUAACUCUAUGAAAAGAAGGGUUGGGUUUUUUUUUUUUUUAAGUCCUCUAUUCAUCCAUGUUUGUGCAUUUUCACUACAAACCUUUUAAAAUAUAAUCCUUCCCUUAUGCAGGUGGCAGUGUUAAUAGCAAUGUUUAUUCCAUCUCUGGCAGUGGGCUUUGGGCUUCCAAAACUUUUUGGAAGGGUUUAAGAAGGGAUACAGGCUAACAUGAAUAUUUUAUGUAAUUUUUUUCUGUUAUAAAAAACAUAUCUGGAUCAAUGAAAAAGACUUGUGCAAGGAAUAUGUAUUUUAUUUGACAUUUGCAGUGAAUUGUGAGAUUCUUAGUGUCUGACUAAAUCAUAAUUAAUGUUCUCAGAAAGGUUGAUGUAAAAUAGCCUUGUGCUUAUUAUUAGUCAGUUGGAAAUGGCUUUCGGAUGUGCUCUGUUGCUUUGCCACUGUUAUUUCAGAGUUUUCGCUAUUGUUUGUUAUCUGUAAACUGAUUAGUGCCAAAGCUUUGGUCAAACGUUUAAUGAAGUUGUUAUAUUUAUUAUUUCUUUCAAAGAUUAUACAAACACUUUUUUUUCUUGAUAGUUGCAGUGUAGGAAAAAGUGAAGACAACCAAAGAAUCAUAUCUGCAAAUGUUGUAGAUACAUGUAGAUAUUUGUAGAUAUAUGUAGAUAAUCUUAUUUCAUUUAAAUUUAAAAGAUAUUGGACAGUGACAUUUAUAAAUGUUUUUCCUCUUCUUUCUUUAAUUUCUUGUUUGAUUACUUGCAUAUAUUUGUCAAUUUGUCUGCUCUGAAGUCUAAACCUCCCCUAAAAACUGAGGUCACUUAAAUAAGGAGGGAUAUUAAACGGGAGUUGUUUAGUCUGAGCAAAUAGUGCAUGUCCGUAGGUGUUUGCUCCCUCCCUUAUUGCUCCCUGGUUGCCAGAGCUGCCUAUGGUUGUCAUGAUCUGUCAUUAUGCAACAGCUUGCAGGGUUGGGGUCCCAGGCUGAGAUGGAUACGGUAUACUUCGGUUUGUAUUUGUAAGCACUUGUUUUCUGCAAAUGCACAUACAGUGCUGCAAGAAGUGCCACUGGCUCUCAGUGCAGACUGGCCACACACCUUUUCAAAUGUACUUUACUGCACAAGAGCUGAGAGGACUGUAUGACCCAAGACAACAGAACUAAACUGUGCUCUUACAGACAGUGGCUCAAAGUCCUUGCCUUGAUUGUAGGAAUUUUAAUUUAUCUUCAUUAGAAGAAGACAGAAUCACAGAACUUCAACCUAUGGCUGUGGUCAGUGGGCCCUCAGGAUUACUAGUCUGGCCUCUAUGCUAGAAGAACCACUACAGAAGUCCUGUGUCUGAAUGGGAAGGAGAGACCAUGCAGCUGUAUCAAGACUGCAGUUUUAACUAUGAGAACGGUAUUUCUAAGCUUGCCUUUAGGCCAUCAACAGGCAAGGUGCUUAUAUAUGUUAGUAUUAAGGAUGUUAGCAGUUCAUUUCAUGUCAUGUUUUAGUCCUUGAAUCAAGCUUCCUCAGGGCUUUGACUAGUGUUUCUGCCUUGUAUAGCUACGUCUGUCUCACUGGAUGGGACUGUUCCAGAUAUGGAAAGCAAGCAGUGUUAUUUUUCUAUCACAACAAAAAAUCCACUUUAAACAAACAAAAACCCUGUAACACUGCACAUUGAGUAGUAGAAGCCUUUUGAAAAUCACAUAAAAGCUGUAACACUUUAAUUUCAUGUUACUUGUCAGCCAGUUAAAGUAUAUCAUGUACAGGCCAUGCCUUAUCUAUAUGCAUUGCAGUUUCAUUUUAAAAAUGCCUUUGUAUGAUUUGAUUACAUGUAUGUUUAAACUUCACACAGUACAUGCCAUCACCAUGGUCCGUGACACACAUUUGGAAAGAAGGCUGCAGCAUUUCCAGACAAUGCUUCCACUUAUGGUGGUCUCAAGUCACACAUAACACUGUGUAUUUAAAAGCUGCUGGUAAAACAGGCCCAAGCGCAGAGGUUACAAGCACCCUUUGUCUCUUCCAAACAGGCUAGAGAAUAAAUUAGCCACAUGGCUGCAUUUUCCAGAGGUAGAGGCUGAAUUUACUGAUUGCUCCAAAGGUCUGAAAACCACAUCACUUACCCCAGUUGAUAAAUAUAGGGUUAGGCACCCACAGGUGAAACAGGGGAGGUCUUUGCUUGAUCACUUUCCCAAGCACUGAGGAUAGCUCAGGUUUUCAGGAAUGGUUUUUGGUGGUGGUUUUAUUUUUUCCUUGCUAUUGGAUCUGACUAAAUUCAAUGUAGGAUAGGACCACGGGGAUGAGACUUCUGUGUGCUUGCAGUAUUCAUGUACACUGUUUACACACUUAAUGGAUGUUCUUUUUAAUCUUUCCUCCUGUUCAGGGAGACCCUAGAACUGCUUUGGGUGGAACCACGAAGGUGGUCCCCAGUAGAUGCCUCUCAGCAUCCUGGGGCAUUGACAUCUCUUCAGUCAACCUCACGCACACAUAUGCAUGGCCAUUGCCAAGGGAGUGAGUACUUUGGCUUCCUUCAUGCUACAGCCUGUGUAACAGUGGGUUGCAGUGUGGGGAAUGACCCAAGGACUGCAGUAAGCAUAAAAAGGCAUUUUGCAGCCAGCAGGUCACUGGGGGACAGUGUGGGUCUCCCAUGAGCUAGGUGCUUCCUAGUGCAUCCCUACAAGGAAUCAUGGCUAGUGGGGCUGCAUGGCUCAGGGCCACCUCAGCUGGUGCGCUGCCCUCUCCCUGCCAAACAGACCUCAUUCUUUACAGCAAGUGGAUUUAAACUUGUGAUGCCUGGAUCCCUGGCUGAGGGGUAGUCACACCUUGACCUGGUUUGAAAGGAAUUAAAAAAAGCAGGUUCACUUGUGCUGUGCAACAUUCUGCCUGUGUAAAGGGAUCCCUAUAGUGGUCGGAAACAAGUUAGACACCCACAGGUUAGGUUUGGGGGACAGAAACUGAGCCUUGCUGCCCAGGGGAGUGCUGGAAGAGCUAAUGCAGCAGUACUUGCAAAGCAAGUUUUGGCACCUUUGUCCAAGGAGCUCAAAGAGUUGCUGUGAGCCUGUUGAACAUGGUGGGGUGGA